AUGUUAUCAAAUGUUGAAAAUUCUACAUCAAAUUCGAUCAAUCUGAUCUUUUCUAAAAGUUUGCCUAGUUGUAUCACUAGCAAUGCCAAUGAAACAAUCAAAUAUCCUUCAACGGAAAAACGAACACCUUUGACAAAAGCAUACAGUUGUUCAGAUGCAAUGUCAUCGUGUAGCAAUGAACAUUUUCUCUUUAUAUCUCCGAGAGAAUUUUGUGAAUUAAUGUCUGAGAGUUCGCACAUGCACGAGCGAAAAUAUCCAAUAGUAGAUUGUCGUUCUCAAAUAGAUUUCGGCUGUGAACGUAUACGUUCAUCACACAAUGUUAAUUGCCGAGCUAAGAUAAUGGCUAGAAAACUAAUGUCAAAACGUUUAGAAGAGGUUGAACCGAGUCUAUCAGCAUGUUUAAACAAUUCUGAUAUUGUUAUACUUUAUGAUCAAUCAACAGAUGAACGAAUUCGAGAUAAAAUACGUUCAUCACCAAUAAAUCUCGUUAUACAAGCAGCAAAUAAAUCAAACAAAAAAGUGCAUAUCAUUCAAGGCGGUUUUGAUGCUGUUAAAAAUCAGUAUCCACAUUUAAUUGAAUGUGCCAUAGACAUAAUGCCAAGAGAAAAACAUGAACACGAUCAUUUACCAUCUUCUCCUGAAGUAUUUGACAAAGAAAAUUUUACUAUGUCACAAAUUUUACCUCAUGUAUUUGUAGGUAAUGUACAUGAUGCUCAAAAUCUUGAUCGUUUAAAUCAAAAUGGUAUUACACACAUUAUAAAUUCAACACCAGAUUUGCCAUGUUUAUGGGAGAAAAAGUGCCAGUACAUGCGAGUUGCUAUACGCGAUUUACCAUCGGAAAAUAUUCGAAAAAAUUUCGACAAAACUUUUCAAUUCAUUGAUGAAGCCUUACGCCAGAAAACGAGCAAUGUUCUUGUUCACUGUUCAGCUGGUAUCAGUCGAAGUUCAACAAUAGUACUUGCUUUCAUGAUAAAAAAAUAUCGUAUGACCUUGGAUGAAGCUUUUACAAAAAUGCGUCAAUUACGUCCAAUAGUUGAUCCUAAUAUCAGUUUUAUUAUACAACUAAGAGAUUGGGAAAAAUCAGUUCUACUAACAACAGGAACAAAACUCGACCCAGCCGAUGAUACUUCAAAUAUCAGUUGUACUGUGACACGAUCGGCACCAUCUGUUACGUACUGUGGUUCCACAUCGAAAAGUAAAACAGACAAAAACUCUCUUACAGAAUCAGCUAUUAUUGUUAAGUAG